UCCAAACUCAUAUCACAAAUUGAAUAAAAAAAAAAUAAAAAUCUCUUAACCUACUGAAAAUUUUUGGCUUGAAUAAUGGAUUUCUGGCAAAGAGCUCGGAGCUUCGCCGAGGAAGCUGCGAAGCGUUCGCAGGAACUGACUAAUGGAAUUAGCUCCUCCAAGCUCUCCGACGUCGUUUCGGAAGCUUCGAAGCGGUCUAUGGAGAUCGCCGCCGAAGCUUCGAAGAAGUCUAAGGAGAUCGCCGCUGAAGCCCUAAAACGCGCCGACCAGAUCAAGUCUCAACUUCCUCCGGCAGCCGUCGCGCUGUCGAACCUCGUCGAUACAAGUUCUCAGGCGGCGACUCCUCCGGCGGUUUCGGCCGCUGAUCUGGAGAAGUUUGGAGUUACCGAUGAGUUGAGAGAGUUUGUACAAAGCAUUACGAUGAAUACUUUUCGCGAUUUUCCGCUCGAAGAUGAUUCAGAAGUGUCUGAUAUUCCUGCAGUCUCAAAUGUUAGACAGGAUCUCACUGAAUGGCAAGAGAAGCAUGCCAAUCUCGUACUUGCUACUGUAAAGGAAAUCAAAAGUUUAAGAUAUGAGCUGUGCCCACGUGUCAUGAAAGAGAGGAAGUUUUGGCGUAUCUACUUUAUUCUAGUAAAUAGUCAUGUGGACCCUUAUGAAAAGCGAUACAUGGAAGAGAAACUAAAGACUGGAGAAAAAGAAGAAAAUGUGCAGCAGGAAAUUUCAUCAGCUGGAACUACUUCUGGAGCAGCUUUAGGAGGAGCAAAUCAGAAAAGUAAAAAUGCAACCUCUGAGCAGGAUUUGGAUGUAUUUCUAUUGGGAGAUACGGGAGACAGUGAUGAAGGCCCAGAUGAUGGAGAUGAUGGCUUUGAUGAUGAUUUUGACAAGAUAUAGAUUGGAGUACGUAAAAGAAUGACUCUGGAAGGGCAAAAAAGUUUUACAAAGAGAUCAGAGUUAAAUCACAGAGUUGUCUUGAAGAAAGGGAUAUCUGCAUGAAGUUGGUAUUCAAGUUGCAUCAAAGUGGCCAGUAGUUGUGAACUAUAUCUUCUCCCCUGUUUAUAAAUUCUGUGUUUUCAAUUGCUCAUUGUUUCAAAUGUAUGUUGCUUUUUCUUUUGCCGCCUGCCUUGGGAAGGGGGAGAGAGAGGAGAAUGCGCGGAGAGCUGGUGGAGCUGGGGUCGGGGAGAUUGUGGAGCUGGACGGUUGGUGUAACUGGCUUGCAUUUGGUGCUGUAAAUUUUGGUUAAUUUUUAUAUCUGCCACCUUUCACAUUGUUGUAUUUAUUUCUCCUUAUUAACUCCAAUUAUUACAGACAUUUUCUGUUAAGGGUGGAUUAUUGCUUCUAUAGUA